AUGAGAGGGCAAAAGGAUUAUGCAAGCCGGUUGGGGCAGGUAAUGUUGUCAGGAAAAGUUCCAAUGGAUCACUUCCCUAAAGUAGAGAUUUGUGAAGCCGACAGAGGCAAGAUAGCCACUCCCCAUGACUAUCCCUUGGUUAUUGAACUGAAGGUAGCAAACCUCAAAGUAAGGCGUAUCUUAGUAGACACGGGGAGUUCGUCAGAUAUUAUCAGUACAGCUUGUCUGAAUCGUCUUGAACACGACCCUAAGACGAUUGAAAAGAUACAUUACCCCAUCAUUGGAUUUGGAGGCGGCAUAAUUCAUCCCCAAGGAAUCAUCACUCUGCCCCUCCGAGUAGAAGGCCGACAUCAAAGUAGGAACUUGAACUUCCGAUUUCUGAUUGUGAAAGACCUCACUGCCUACAAUAUCAUCUUGGGGCUUCCCACUUUAAAUCAGACCAAAGCAAUGAUGGUCACUCAUCUUAUUCUUAUGAAGUAUGUCUGUGAUAAAGGCCAAGUCUGCACUAUUCAUGGUGACCAGCAGCUAGCAAGAGAUUGUUAUCUAACUACACUAAGUCCCGAGGCUUGGGGAGGCAGCAAGACUGAUGAAGCCAGAGCAGGAUCAAAAAGAUAA